UUACAUUUUGCCUAAUUUGUGUAGUACAAUUAGAUUUAAAUAUCGUAUAUUGAUUCAGUGGUGUACAUUUAAAAACGUGCUAACCAGGUAAUGAAACACAUGAAUCCCACCCAGGCUGGCCUUCAUUUCCGAACUUCAUGAUGCCUUCACUGCGGCAGAUGCCCUUCCUUUUACUGUGUUCAACACACUUCUGCGUAUUCCGUAUCUCGUGUCGUCGCCCGUCUUUUGCAAUCAGCGAUUAUUUUCCGGUAGACGUUUGCGCCAACGCAGUUUCCGCUGUGGCGUGGAGCUUCCAGUGGCGAAUUUGGCAACGACUUGGCUGUGUGCGCUUUUUCCAGAUUCUCCGCAGCUGUUUCGCGAACGCGACGCCUCUAGUGGUAAACUUGACAACGGUUUCAUCGUUUACCACCGCUGAAACCCGACCUGGCAGAGACGUCACUGUCGAAAUAGAAAGACGCUUUUGAAAUUGUGUAGUCCUCGGCAGCAGCAUACUUUGUUAUUGGAAGUGCUAUUACAGAAUGUGGGCAUCGGAUUUAACAGAUUGUCUUCAUUAAUGUGCUAGACGCCUUCAGACGUGGACUAAAUAAAUCUCUUUUGGUCUGCAGUCAAUUAGUCAGCGGGACUAUAGUUGCUUUUAUAUUCGGAUGUUGUGCCUCCGGUCCGGUGAGAUCAUAAAAUACUUCGCUGGUUGGGACUAAUCGAACAACAGUACUACAGGAUCAACUACAUGGAACCCGAAAUGUGGCUGUGCUUGGCCCUGCUUUUCGCCGUUAGUCGCUACCGCCUGACAAAUGCAAUUAACAUAUCGAUUGAUACGUAGUCUUUGGCGGCCUCUAUAAAUAAUAUUUUUUUGCUUGAUGUCCAACUGUUAAUCCAUACACAGUUUUUAAUCGAUGUCUCGGGUAGAACUAUUGCUAUCGUUGUUAAUUGGCAUUCUUGUGCCGGGUCGCCCAUCUGCCCCGUUAGGACCAGCAAGAGUGGGCGGAAAGUGUCGAGGAAAGUGUCAUCAUUGAUAUUACUGGCCUGUGUCGUUUUGCCCAUUUGUCUCCUCCGCCGAGCAGCGGCUGCGUUGUCGGGUAAUAGAGCAGCUUAGUGGUACCAUCGUAAGCAUCGUCUGCCCUCUGUCACUGAUGAUCUAACUAUAUAAGCGGUGAACCUAACCUAGCUAACGUAAGCUCCUGCCGGACAACCAUUAUAAACUAAUGGGGAUGUAAAGUGUUAUUUUUUUUUGUUGUGUGAACGCAACUGCCAACGCCUCUAGACUAAAAGCAACUUUUCGUGAGCACCUUACAGCAUCUUCCUAGCUUUCGUACUGCUCAGACUAAACAGCAGCAGCAGCAACAACAGCAGCAUAAUAGAGAUAUUCGGAUGAGCGGCUCUCUACUUAACCUACACUUUUUACUUUAUAAAUGUUCAGUGUUCGCACAGUGUAAUGCGGAAAAUGUUCUAUGUUUGUGUGUGUUCGCCGCGUGCGAUGAGCCUAUUUCCGCUUUGAGCUGAAGUUAGACAUUCGAUCGGGCACUUGACUCCAACUAUAGCUUUGUCUGACUCACGCACAAAAACCUCGAGCUGGAUGACUCAAAAUCUACCCGAAAAUAGUGAACUGUGGAACGGUGAAUCACAAGCUUCUCACAAUUACAAAAAAAAUGGCGCAAGACAAUGCCUUCGGCAGAAAGCUGUUAACAUUGAUUCUGGCAUACGAAUACAUUCAAAGGUAUUGACUGGUGGUAAAUCGACAUUGCAAAGUGAGACUUCGUCUUCGACACUUCUAUAUCCACCCUUUGCACAUUCGGUUCUGAGGAAGAGAUCAGAUCGGGCAUGAAUCGGCAAGACAGCUUCUGAAGAUCAGGUCAAUGGCCUUAGGAAGCAACAGAUGAACUAGUAAAUAUCUGUAAUUCAAGGUUCUAACAGCCACGUCGAAAAAAACUAUCGGCAAGUACUUGAGCAGUUACGGCAGAGCUAUCUACAAAAAUGGCCGAGACGAUAGCACCUAUAACAUAAGCUGCCCCGCCCAGGCCUGCCCAUGGCAGUUCCCUUUCUCAGCUGAAGCGGCAGCAUCAGCACCGGUAUUGCCCUUAGGAAACGUGUCUGGCCUCGAAGUAUACUGCAAUAACAAUUGUUUCGAAAGGCUUUAGGUGUUGCUUGAGAUCUUCAUUGCAUUGGACAAGUCGUUUUAUUGAGUGGAUACGCUAGACAAAGAAACGAAGCCUAACAGCGAUUUCUGAGAGGAAAUUAUACGACAAUAAAAUUCUGUGAAAUCGUUUCUUGAAAGCAGACUCUUGUUUUGUUCGUUGGAACUUAGAUAGCCAACAGCAGUCUAUUAGGUCCAUGGAUCGACGUUGCGUUUUGCAUUGAAUCCUGCGGCUUUCUGUUAGCACAGUUCGUUACCAGAGAUAAUGAGCAACUUACAAUUGUCCGUAAUAAGGUUAACAUCAACUAACUUAUUGGGCUCAUCUCGCGGAUUUGCAUUUCAUUUGCGGACAUACAUUGCUGUACUAUCAAGUUUAGCCAACUACAGGCCGAGUUCAAUGCGUUUUUUAUUGACGAUUUUGGAUGUGACGCGCCAGUAAACGGCGAGUGAGCGAGCUAGCAAAGGAUGCGCUAUCGAUUCAAAGAGUCGCGCCGUAAGCGGCGUCUGCUAUCGGUGUUGUUGCAGGUAGCAGAUCGAACAAUGCAACGGGUGGCUCGAUGUUGCGCGUGUUGCGGCUCUGCCUCCCCACCCAAUGAAAACCAAGGAGAUGACUCUCGACAAGACUGUGAUUAUCAAGCAAAUCAGCUGCCGUCGAACGGCCGCACGAUGUCAUGCAGUAAUCCGUGGCAACGUAUCGAGGACUGUCCCACGCUACUACGCGAGCUUGCUGAAAGUAUCGAAGAUUGUACUGAUCUAGCCGUAGCCUUAGAAUCAGCUGGUCUACUCCUUAAAGGUAAUAGGGGUACAGAUGAUGUGGAUUUCCCAAAACAGGCAACACCGAUUCUGCCUAGUGAACUGUUAAAGGCUGAAGAUCGACUGAAGUUUAUACUAAACAGGAUUCCGCUGAAAGAUGAAGAGUCGUAUCGACGAUUUAAGCGAACCCUCAUUGAGAACGGUGAGUUUAAAGCCGUCGAUAUUUUGCAGCCCCCUAAAGAACUAUCAUCGUCCACCAAUGCGGUGUUGCCCACUAGCUGUUUAUGGGACACUGAAUUUUCUUUGGGCCAAAACAGAGAGCACCUGGAUACGAAUGCUGGUGAAGAACCUCCAGGCACUCCAUUGGUGGGUGCAGAAAAGGCCUGGGACAUGAUUAGUGGAAGUAGUAUAACAGCGACGGUACUUACAGCUAGCGAGGAAGCAGUUCCAAAUCACGCAAGGCAAGCCUCGGUUCAAUAUCUGAGCGAAGAAGGAGUACGAGACUUACUGCACCGAGUCGCAUCUCUUGAUGACGAUAACUUGCGCCGCUUUCGACGACGGAUCGCUCUUGAGAACGCUACCUGCGAUCCUAUUCAACUGUUACACGAUGUGUUACAAUAUUCGCUAGCAGCAACGCAAUCAGAACAGGCCCAGCCUAUUGUUGACCCGUUGCCUAAAUAUAUUGGCCCUCAGAAAUCUAGGCAAAGUGAACCGCGUUUAGAGUUUAUGCAGGAAGAGGUCGAUGCUCGAGUUACACCGUUGGGAGCUGUCGUUUCGACUUCGACGCAAUCGAGGACGGAUGAACAGGUGCAAGUUAGGGCUGCUGAAAGGCUGGUGCCAGGUGGUCCUCAUGUGUAUAGCAUGGCAGCACACCCUCGAGGUCUUUGUGUGAUCUUCAAUAUACGCAGAUUUCCCGGUCUUCCUCAUAGAGAUCGGCCAGGUUCGGAUUUUGAUGAAGAACGAAUGGUGCGAUUAUUCCAAGCAUUCAACUUCAACGUCUGUAGCCAUGUCGAUCCAACUUCAACUGACAUUCUAUCCUUGUUGGAAACGUACGCCACUCUCAACGUGCAAGAAAGUCAUGACGCUUUCGUGUGCAUCAUCAUGUCGCAUGGCGAACAGCAACAUAUCUACGGGAGUGACGAUAGUACGGUAAAGUUACAAACGAUCUUUGAGCUAUUCAAUAACAACGGUUGCCCCGCCAUGCGAGAACGACCAAAGAUCUUUCUAAUUCAGGCGUGUCGGGGCUACGUGCCCGAUAACGGCUCGGCGGGUCGACGGGAUGAACAGCAAAGAGCCAGCAGCAGCUCCCAUCAGCAAGAAGAACUUGCCAAGGUGCUAGAGAAUAUUGGUCUCGAUGACAAUGAAGAGGAGACGGUUGACACGGUUCAGUCCGAUGCUGGUGUGAUAGGAGGGACCUUACCUCGUUCAAUGGCGGGCGCGGGGGCUGGCGCAGGAGCAGAAGCGCUUGCGCGCCAAAAUCCUGAACGUCGUAUCCCAUCAUGGUCUGAUAUGUAUAUAGCCUAUGCGGUUAUUGAGGGUUACGAAUCUCUGCGUGAUUCAACUACUGGCAGCUGGUUUUUAAAAGCGGUCUUUGACGUGAUGGCUCGCGAGAGUCAUAGAUAUGAUCUUGACACGCUUAUGGAUCGGGUCACAAAAAAGGUGAUUGAACGGAGCCGCCACGAUGGUCAGCGACAGUGUCCGGAAAUUAGGAAGAUUGGGUGGCACAAGAAGCUUUUUUUCAAUCCGGGCCUAUGACUGUAGCAAGUUUGUGCAGGGAAGUAGCGCCUGGAAACCGACAAAUGGACUUGGGCUGAACAACUGUACAUGUAAGGAACGUCAGAAGCACACUCUUCGAGGAUGCAACCUUAAAAUUUCCAGGCAGCAGAGGUAUUGCCUACGUAUGGCAACAGUACUGCUGCAUCGACACAACCAUUCCGUACGACAAACACCCAGUUUGCUCAAACCCCGCUAGAAACAUACAGUCUUAUUCGUCCGGGAAAGGAAAAACCCUGGAAGUGUGGCGCAUACGCUCGAUACGUCAGUUUAGUAUGACAUAUAUACUUUUGGA